CGUAUUUCUCUGGUACGUGAUUUUCUUUCCAACGCACAUGAAGUUGUACAUUCUGAAUCUAAUAAUAAUUAUAUUUUACUAUCAUUUGUAAGAUGCUCUAAGCUCUUAUAACCGAGACCAUCAAAUAACGGUUCUAGACUUUAGUCCCGUUUGUACUGAAUAUUCUCGUUUUGUACUAGUUGACGUUGUUGUUUGAACCAUUUCUUUAUCGGGGAUUCGAUGAACUCAAUCAGUAUCACAGUUACCCUUGUGGCUGUCAGCUUAGUGGUCUCCUCAAAUGGUUUUGCUGUAGGAGAGUUGGUGACAUGUAACCUAUGUCACCCGUUUGCUGGCGACACGGCACCGGAGGAAUGUGACACGGACCCUGAGUACGGAGUGGAGUGUCCGCUGUGUUAUCAGCUCUCUGGAUCUGAUAACUUCUUCAGAGAGAUCUGCGUUCCUGUCAGCAACUACAUGACCAUCAUGAACACGGUCAUUCAGCCGGAGUUAGAAUUGUGUUGGAUGAAGAACCAAGGUAACUGUGUCCUACGACUGGUCGGACCUGUUUCUUCCUCGUCACCAACAAUCUCUCCGGAGCCGGCAACCACAGAUCCAGACUGCGCGAACUCUACUGAUGAAGAUGAUGCUAGUUUUGUUGAGGAUGAGAUCGAUGAGAUCGAUGAGAAAGGGGUGGAUGAAGGUUAUGAUGUUGAGGACAGUGUUGUUCAAGGUAAUGGCAUUGAAGACAAUGAUAUUCAGGGUGAUGAUGUUGAAGACGAUUCUAUCGCUGACGGUGCUGUUGAAAACGAUUCUGUCGCUGACGAUACUGUUGAAGACGAUUCUAUCGCUGAAGAUGAUACUGUUGAAGAUGAUACUGUUGAAGAUGAUACUGUUGAAGAUGAUACUGUUGAAGAUGAUACUGUUGAAGAUGAUACUGUUGAAGAUGUAAAUGUUGACGAUGAUGAAGAAGAUGUCUCCGAAACUUUGGAUAUAGAUGAUGAAGAUGAGGACAGUACUGUCUUAUUUGAAGAAAUAUUUCUGCUGUUUGUUAAUGAGGAAACAUCUAUGGCAAGCACACUUGAGUGAAUUACGCUUUAUCUGUACUUCUAACACCACGAUUAACUGCAAUAAAUAUGCACAAACUGAGGUUUAUUUCAAACCCCACGUAAAUUACGCAAUUUAUAUCACAGUCCUAUGAUGAUAAAAAAGAAAGUACAUUUUGGGAUUUAUUUAAUAAUUGAUAACAGUGAACCCUUGUAAUUUGUAUUCGUAUAAUGAAUGUUGUGAGCUUUGUAAGAGCCUAGUAGAUAUUUGAAAGUUUAUCCAUAAAGCAAUGAACGUGACCGAUAUUGUUUUAUAGGGCUAAUAUCAGUCCAUUAGAGCGUAA